CACUAACCCUCCGACCCCUCGUUCCUACCAAGAGCCAGCGAAAACGCUAGCAAAAAAAAGGUUCGAAAGCUCUACUGCUCUACGCAGAAAGCUGAAAUGGCCGGAGAAAAUGAGCUGAAGCUGCUCAGCAUGUGGGCGAGCCCGUUCGUCCUGCGAGCGAGACUUGCGCUCAGCUUCAAAGGCCUGAGGUACGAGUACGUCGAGGAGGAGAUCUUCGGAAACAAGAGCGAGCUCCUUCUCAAGUCCAACCCGGUCCACAAGAAGGUAACCGUUCUCCUACACAACGGGAAGCCCAUCUGCGAGUCACAGAUCAUCGUGCAGUACAUCGACGAGGUCUAUGGCGCUGCAGGCCCUUCCCUCCUCCCCACCGACCCCUACGACCGUGCCGUGGCUCGCUUUUGGGCUGCCUACAUCGACGAUAAGCUGUUCAGCUCAUUCAUGAUGAUGAUCAUGGGCAAGACGGAGGAGGAAAAGGCAGAGGGGAGGAAGCAGCUGUUUGCCGCGGCAGGGACCUUGGAGGGAGCACUGAAGGAUUGCUCUAAGGGAAAACCCUUCUUCGGCGGCGACAGCGUUGGCUUCGUCGACGUAGCGCUGGGAGGCUUCGUGGCUUGGGUGCUCGCGAGGGACAGGUUGUCUGGCUUGAAGCAUUUUGACGCCGAUAGGACCCCGCUCCUGGCGGUGUGGCUGGAGCGCUUCAGCUCACUGGACGAGACCAAGACAGUCAUGCCGGACGUGGAGAAGCUGGUCGAGCUCUCCAAGAGGAGGCAAGCCCAAGCUGAUGCGGUUGCCGCCGUGGUGCAAGGUUAUCGCAGUGGCUGAAGAUCAUUUGAGCAUUAGCUUCGACUCAGCUAUGCU